AUGCCUGUGGCCUUCAGGAAAGCGCAGGUUCUCUACGUGAUGAUGAUGCUCAAUGUCUUUGUCUGCGUCCUAAUGAGCGUGUUGUGGAACCUGGGGCACGACAAGAGUGGCCGCCGAGCGGUUCAAGCCCCGACCGAGGCUGAGAGAGGAUCAUUCUGGAACAGGGAGCAGCGGCGCCUGGACUUCAUCUACAACCUCACCGAGCUGCCGGAUUGGUCGAAUGACACCGGGCCGCUCAACCCCUGUGACCCGGACUACAGAGUCCACACUCAAAUCUCAGACUACAACUCCCUGCCGCAGCGAUUCCAGGAUUUCCUUCUGCACAUGCACUGCAGGACGUACCCCAUGCUGAUAAACCAGCCCCACGUCUGUGAGGACACACCCUUCCUGCUGCUGGUGGUCAAGUCACUCACGCCACAUUUCGACCGCCGGCAGGCUAUUCGUGAAACAUGGGGACGAGCGGGCGUUUUAGCAAAUCGUACAGUGGCGACGGUGUUUCUGCUUGGCAACACCAUGUCAAUAGAUCACUUUCCAGACCUGCUGCCGAUGCUGGGCCACGAGGCGGAGCUUCACAACGACCUCCUCCAGUGGGACUACAGAGACACCUUCUUCAACCUCACCCUGAAGGAGAUCCUCUUCCUGGAGUGGUUCAGCCAAAACUGUCCUCACGCACAGUACAUCCUCAAGGGGGACGAUGACGUCUUGGUCAACACCCUGCGAAUCAUUGACUUCCUGGAAGGCCUGUCGGAGAACCAGUCGAGGGAUUUGUUCAUAGGGGAUGUCAUCAGUAACGCCGGCCCACACAGAAACCGGAAACUGAAGUACUUCAUCCCUGAGAGUGUGUUUGUGGGACAGUACCCGCCUUACGCUGGGGGUGGAGGUUAUCUGUACUCUGGGGAUUUAGCGCUGCGCCUUCACAGCGUAUCCCCACAGGUCGUCUUGUAUCCCAUCGAUGAUGUCUACACUGGGAUGUGUCUGAAGAAACUGGGUCUGGUUCCUGAGAAACACUCUGGCUUCAAGACUUUUGACAUCGAGGAGAGGUACAAGUACAACACCUGCGUCUACAGGCGCCUGAUGCUGGUUCACAGCCGGACGCCACAGGAGCUGUUGAAGAUCUGGUCAGGGAUUGUCCGUCCUGAGCUGGAUUGCCUGUGAAAACCUUCAGUGAGCGUUGAAUUCUGUGAGGAUCCCAUUUUAAAAAAGUGCCUUCACAAGGGUUUUGGUCCUGAAUUCAUAUAAAACCAGUGUCUGUGGUUUUGCCCCCACCCUUAUGUGGGUUGAGCAUCUUGCUUACACGUUCAUUUCUGAGGACGCUGCUCGAUCUACGCACCAAACGGACGCAGGAUACGUCUCUUGCGUUAAAUAACUGGACGUAUAAUAACUGUAUUUGCACAGUUACAAAGUGCUUUACAGAAUAAAUCCAUACACAGUCGAUGUAAGAAGAAAACAUGAAGAAACAAAUAGAUGGAUAAGCAUAUUUGAAUAAAGUCAAUAAUGUGUAUUCAAAUGAACAUUCAAAUUUAAAUUCAAACAUUAAAGUGAGUUU